UUCAACGCCCAAAAAAAAAUUAAAAAUUAAAAAAGAAAAAAAAAUCGCAAAUGGAGUUCUCCCACUGACCUCAGUCGUCUUCCCCAUGGAGAACUCCAAACCCUAGAAGGACCAAGAAAUCUCCGUUCUUCUCACCCCUCUGAGGUUGUCUCCCCUCCCCGGUGCUGAAGAUCGGAAUCUCUCUGUCAAAUUUCCCGUCUCGGAAUCUUUCCGGUGUGGUUGGAGCUGAGCGGCGCCCCCUUUUUCCCAGCCCCUUCUAGGCCAACCAAUCGAGAGGGAAGAAUCACCGAAUCAUCCGUUCUCAAGUUUCGUAAUUCGGGCGGGUUCCAUCGCUUUUUAUUGGAAAUUCGUCCGAUUUAGGGCUGAAUUAGAAUUCUGGGUCUUCAGAUCUUGGUAGGUUCGCAAUAACUAGGGGUUUCGGCUGUUUGAGGAUUAGUAGUGGUGGUGCGGAUCGGGAUAAGAGAGAAGCUUUGAGCUGCCAAAUGCCAUUUGGCCAUUGGUGUUUGCAGAUUUUUUCGGUGGAGUUUUUUGGGAUACCGAAAGAGUAAUGAGCAAAUCAUCAUCGAUGUCUUGGGCGGGCCCUGAAGAUGUCUACCUCUCCACAUCUCUUGCUAGCUAUCUUGACAAGAAACUUCUUGUAUUGCUGAGAGAUGGUCGAAAGCUGUUGGGGAUACUCCGUUCUUUUGAUCAAUUUGCGAAUGCCGUUCUUGAGGGUGCGUGCGAGAGAGUAAUUGUCGGAGACCUAUAUUGUGACAUUCCUUUGGGUCUAUAUGUGAUUCGCGGCGAGAAUGUCGUUCUGAUUGGCGAGCUGGACUUGGAGAAAGAUGAGCUUCCCUCGCACAUGACCCGUGUUUCAGCUGCAGAAAUUAGAGCGGCACAGAAAGCAGAAAGGGAAGCAUCGGACCUUAAGGGUACCAUGCGGAAAAGGAUGGAGUUCUUGGAUAUGGACUGAUCUCAUCUUACAUUGUCAAAUUGGAUUUCUUCUCCCUUUAAAUCUGAAGCCAUGUCCACAAGUUUUAAUUCCGGUGGAUUGGUUCGUUCCCUCGUUCUUUUUGUGUUGUUGUAAGGUGGGUCCAUGAAAUUUCUGUCUUGAGAACCGACUUCCUUUCAAAUUCUUAGGAGUAGCUUCCCACAUAUCUACUCAAGUUGGAAAUUUCAUGAGCCUUGCUAGCUUCAGUCCGUGGUGAAUCUUUUGCAAUUCCAAUUGUAGACCCCUUUUGGGUGAUAACAUUGUUGGCGCUAUAAAACCAUUGGGAUUAACCUGGUAGUGAUGAAGCCAAUGCCUGCCCUUGUGGAAUAUUCUUCGUG